AUGCCGAAACGAAAAGCCACUGCGAAGGUUGUAUCUUCCAGUGAAAAGAACCCACUAAAGGAGGCUAGAUUGGAAAAUAUCACAAUAUGCAGUCCCUCAAGAACUGGGAAGCGAACAAACUACCUAAGUUGGGAUGAGUAUUUCAUGGCGGUCGCUUUCCUGUCUGCCCAAAGAAGUAAAGAUCCCAACUCUCAGGUCGGAGCUUGUGUAGUAAAUGGCGACAGGAAGAUAGUUGGAAUAGGAUACAAUGGAAUGCCGAAUGGCUGUAGCGAUGACGAGUUACCGUGGGAAAGACAUGGAGAAGAUGAGUUGGAAACAAAAUAUCCUUAUGGUAAAAUCAGUUACUGUACCUUUGUAAGCUAGUGUAGUAAUUUGGGGUUGGGUGCAGUCUGUGAAUGACACAGAUCUGAGACGAGGUUCGGGAGAGGGGUGGAGUUGUUGAGGCGGGGGGGGGAUGGGUAAGAAGAACUUGCCUCCUGAGGGGUAGAUUUAUUGGUUAUCGCUGUAUUUAUUUCUGCUAUAUAAGGAGUAUGAGUAUAGGAAGUCUUUUUUAGUUAUUUGAGUGUAAUCAUACAGAAUUCUUGUUCUUGUGCAAACAAUUACCCUAAACUUCUGCUUGUAAGCUCCUUCUCCCCCACAUAUAAGUUCCCCACAGUUACCCGUAACCCUUCAAACCCCAACACCAAAAUUCAAAUUCUCAUUUGUUAUCUCUAUACAUUUUCAAUAGAGGUAGUGGGGAGAAUUUGUUGAAGUAUCAAUUAGAUUCAUGUAGUGUGAUCAUGUCCUUAAUUCUCAUGACCACUCUGUUUUAUAAAGCAGUGAUAUUACAAGGAGAAAUUUGAUGCUCAUCACCCGUAGGGCUUAAAGGGUUAAGGAGGCCAACUAUCUGAAGACAAAAGUAUGCAUCCGGUUAUAAGCCCCCUUUGGUUUGUAUUGAAAUGAAUCGAUUUUUAUAACAUUUUGAAGCUCACUGCUAUAUAGCUUGUUUUGAAAUGUGUUUUAAGUCUAGUUAUAAGCCCACUGUUUAUAAGCACUUCUAAAACCCCUUACAAAGUUGUAUAAGCCCAGAGGUUGUAAGCGAAAGGUUACAGUAUUGGCUUUAUGCCACACAGUGGCACCCUGUGGUACAACUCUUUAAUACAACUGGUACAUUAUUACAAACCCUUUGUAUGAUCUGAAAUAAAACUUCAGCUUUUUACUUAUUCUCAGCCUCGAUAAUACACCAACAGUAUUACAAUGACCAUCAACCACAUUUUGGAGUCCCCGGUCCUAUUUUCUCCACCAUCAACUCUUCAUUAGGGAGCUUAAGCAACCAUGACGACGACCACAACAACAACUUCAAAAAAACAAUAGGUUUAAUGAUCAAAACAACAGUUAUGCACAUGCAUCACGCUUUUUAAGACAUUUCUUUGAAGUCCACUGCACGAUUAUGACAUGAAACCUCCCAAUUUGACGCUUUACAGAGGACAUGGAAUACUACGAUGAAUUUCCUUUCAUCUUUUUGAGCUUGAGUAAAAUCCUUAAGAAUUCAACUCCAGGAAAAGUCACCUGCAUUUGACAUAUUGAGCAGAUCCAAAUAGACGCGAUUAAGUUUGAAAGAACGCAAAUUCAUUUUUUUACUGUCAUUUUCACUGCUGUCGUCAUCCUUGCUUAAGGUCCCUAUUGUUAACCAUCAUGAUGACUGUGACAUAUCGCUAUCAUGUCAACUGUCUCUCAUCCUUCAGAGAGUGCUUGCUAUUUUGUAACUUUCCUUUAAAAAUCUCAACCAUGCACCAGUUAGCUUGAAUGUGUCCCAUUCCAGCCAACAAAACUGUUUUUGUCUUUUAGUUUGCCAUGCUGAAAUGAAUGCAAUUCUGAACAAGAAUGCAGCAGACAUCAAAGGCUGUUCCAUUUAUGUAGCUUUGUUUCCAUGCAAUGAAUGCACCAAAUUAAUCAUUCAGGCAGGGAUCAAGGAAGUUAUAUUCUACUCUGACAAGUAUCACAACCAGCCCAUUUGUGCGGCUGCGAGGAAGCUUUUGGAUAUGGCUGGGAUCAAAUACAGGUGAUCAUUUUACCAUCCAGAUCUUUGACAUGCUUCAAUCCAAGGGGGGCCUUAACCCUUUAAACCCCAAAAUCAAAAUCUGAAUUCUCAUUUGAUACCCCCUUUCAUUUCCUACAGAGGUGUUGGGGAGAGGCUGAUAAUACAUCAAGGAAAUUCAACUUGUGUUAUGUCCAAAUUCUCAUGACCACUCCGUCUUACAAAUCAUUGAUAUUACAAGGAGAAAUUUGAUGCUGAUCAUUCAGGGCUUAAACAGUUGACAAAAGGAGCUGCUCUCAGUUUCAGAAGCAUGAAGCACCUAGGGUGAUUCCUACCCCCCACCCCCAGAGUUGCUCCAUCCUGCAUGGUUACCCAAGCAAUGUGUCAUGAGUACCCAUUUAUACCAUAUGCUACCUGACACACAUUAUGCACUUGUUUCUUGCACCUGCGGAUCAAAAACUUCGAUCGCAUGCAUACAGUACAAUAAUUUUACAUGCAUAGUGUACAAUUCCAGAAAAAAAGAACAACCAAAUAGGUUAUCUUGCCAAGAUUGCAAAUAUCUUGAGUAUGAAGGCUAGAUCUUGGCAAGAUCUCAUGAUACUUUGCCUCUAUGAUCUUGGCAAGAUGGUGCCAAGAUUUGGCACUUUGCACAUCUACAUUUAGCAACCCUUGGAAAUAAGAACAUCUUCCACAAUGCUUGGAAGUUGCCAGAACUUCUUUGGCAUGGUUGGGAGUUGCCAGAACUUCUUUGGCAUGGUUGGGAAGUGCUCAGAUUUUUUUGAAAAAUUCGGGUAAUAUGGAUACGAAAAUCACACACGUCACAUAGCAAAGGCAGGAGGUAUAUUAUACAAUGAUGUGGGUGGUCAGAGACAAAGUGAAACAAAGUUUCUGUAAAGGGAACAAUGAAAUAACAAGGCUUGAACCUGUACCAGCAGUUUCAAGGUCUAAGAGUUACAUGUAACCACAAGAACACUAUGCGCCACCCAGACCCACAUAGAAGUUAGUCAAUAAAACGUUUAUUUUGUGAGAAACUGCUGCUAUGUGAAUAGGAUGAUGUACAAGAGCUUGGUAUUAUGUACUACGCUGAUAACUAUCAUCAGCUAUAAGGAAGUGAUUCAAAAGUUGACCUUACAAAUACCAGUGCCUUGUUACAGUCAAAGGCUCACAUUGUGAGACUCACUGAAAUGCCAGGUCCCUUAUUUUAAAUCCAGCACCUUAGGGAAAGAAUGUUGUAGCCUGCGAAAACAUACGUUUCUCCUCGCUGGGAACGUUUCGUACGAAACGUCCCCAGCGACAAAGAGCGAGGAGAAAUGGAUGUUUUCGCAGGCUAAGAAUGUUGACCCUCCACGAUAAAAAGAAACAGAAAUGAGACCCUGCAGCUCAUCACAAAUGUUUCUGAAAUCUCAACAUUAGAUCAAAAGUUUUUAAGACCAACAAUUCUCUAGGUUCUUUUUACCACCUCUUAACCUUGGCUCUCCCUCUAAUUUCAAUCUUUUUUCUGUGCCUAAUUUCCUUAUUCUCUCUGCAGGCAAUUCAAACCAAAGAAAAGCAAGAUAGAGAUCGAUUUUACAAGUAUUGAUGGCACAACUGCAAAUGUAGCAAGUUGGUCUGUUUCAUCACCUUAAUUGGUCUUUAGAUUUGCCUGCUAGUUGUUUAGUUCCAUAAAAUCCACACCUCCUGCCUCGGAAGAAAUUCCACUCACCUUCAUACCUUUCUUUUUAUUGUUUUGGUCUUGGAAACCCCCCUCCUCUGGGAAUUUCCAAUUCCUUAACUGUGGAAGAGUAUGGAGAUGUUUCGGAACUACACAUUGGCCAAAAAGCCUCUUUUUUAGUGUAAAUAUUGCCUGUUGUUUAUUACCUUAGUCAUCUUUAUUUUUUAAUUCCUAACUUUUUACUAAUACCUUCAGUAGAAAUUUCCACAAUGAUUAACAUUUUUAAUAUAAAUUUGCAACACAGAAACAAAUUGAAAUUAGUAUUAAAGGACUGUUAAGUCAACAUAUGGACAACCUCUCGUUGUCUUUUUGUAAUUUAUUAGUUGAAUUUGAAUUUUCUUUACCAUAUUUACCCCUGUACAAUACCCACGUUUUUGACCAAAACUUGUUUCAAAAUUUGAGGUGCAUAUACAGUUGAAACCUACAUCGUACGGGAGUACUUUCCAUAAGUGACAAAUGACAAAAGACACUAAAUUUUCCAGUCAGAACCCUAUAUUAGGAGCCUCUCUUAAAUUAUCACCUCCCUUAUCACCUCUCAUAAGCCACCAUGGUGGCUUUUUGGAAUGGUAAUUUUUGUAACUCCCUACUGAUUAAAUUUCUUGUAAAUGACCACUUGACAGAUGGUCUGAUCUCUGUGUUUGCUAAACUAUCAAAGAAAUUAAGGUGCAUAGGUACUGCUGGAUUAGUAUUAUUUGUAAUGCUGGUGGCAGUUACCAUGAUUGAAGAUUAAAGAUUUAUUGUAACUUGGAAACUGUACCUUCAACAGGCCUGUUCCCAGAAGAAAAAUAAGACUCUGUGGUUAGAUUCUGCUAAGAGCCAUAUACAGGUGGUAGCUUAUAGGAAGCUUAACUGUGUCACAAAUGGACAUCCAAUUUGUUACAUUUUAUACAAUAAGGAACCUUUUAGUACAGUGUUAUUAUUUUAAACCUUUGCUGAUAAAUCAGCACUCUACAUCUGGUUCCUCACUAGUAUUCUCUCCUAACUAAUACUAUUUUGAAGUUUUACAAAAUCUAAUAUUAGCAUUGUUACCUUUGGAAGUGCCGAGUGACGACUGUAGAGUGCACUGUGAAAUCAAGGUGAUUUUCCAGAAUCCAAAGGGCAAAAAAAAGCCCUCAAAACUAUUUCAUACCUUGGAUGCCAUUUAGGUGCUAAAUUUUCAUGACAAAUGAAUUUACUGGGGUUAGGUUAAAUUAUAAAAGAAAUUUUUCAAAUUCUCAAAAAUCUGGAAAGAAAUUAUCAAAAAAGUUUUACACAUUCACUUUUGAGAUACGCUUUCGUAGCACUAUCUCGUUUUAUAUUUUAACUGUAACAAUUUUUUUAAACACCAAAUUGGUUGUGAUCUGUUACAUUUGGGCAGCAAUAAUUAAUUUUUAUUUUAAUGACUCCAUGAUGGAUUGCAUUCUAGAAACGUUUUAUGUCUCUCCUUGCUUUUAAUUGUCAAUGUUUUUCUGUUUUAUGAAAAUUAGUAGUGAAAUAUGUAUAACGUGUUGGCUUGUUAUUGACAAAUGUGUCAUGAUGCAUUGACAUAGAAAGAGGA